GCCCAAGGAUUGGGGACUGAGUACGAAGAUGAAGUCUGGCAUCGAAAGCCAACUGACUGGAUUUAAAAUACAUAACGGCAUCUUAUUCAUCACACGUUCAUCUUCGACUUCGUAGUUGGUCGCGCCUCAACAGAUUUCAACAUUUCUAGAUCUUUUCCUCAACUAAACAAUGUGGCGCUGACAACGAGACCGAUACAUGUCACAGUUUGUCUUCCGUAACGCAACAGAGAUUCAUUGACAUGCAAAUUUGAGGCAAAGUUGUCGCUGUGGCUUUGUUCGACUUUGCAUUGUCCUAAUUUGAAUAUGACAAGACGCACGCGACUUUGAAACGACAUUUUCGAACGACAAACACCUUACGACUGCCUCUAUGGUCUGUCCAUAUCGAUGGCCCGCCUGAACAGAGAAGAUCGAAAUUUAACGGGUUCACUACCUGAUUUAAAAGCUUCAGUAAAGGCCACAGAGCACCAAACCAAAGUUGUCGACAGAAAGAUAUUCGUUGUUGAAACCCAUUUCCCGAAACUCGCAGCUAUGCUUCAACGAUACGCAGUGGGAACAGCGAAAUUACGCGACAAAGGAGACGAGCUUUCAAAAACAAUAACGGCUUAUGCUGAAGAAGAAUCGCCGUCAAUGAAACAAGGGUUAAUGACUUUGUCCGAAUGUCUAUCGGCCAUUCAAGAUCAACGAGACGCUGAAGUCAGUCGACUAGAAGGGAAACUAGUUCAAGGUUUCAGCGUGUACGACACAAAAUGCAAGCAAGCGAGGAAUGACGUCAGGGUCAGUUCUUCGCUCUGCACGAGAGAGGUGAAAUCAUUUGAGAGCCUCGAAAAAGCCCAGAUGAAAUCCACAGACCGAACAAGAAUUGCGAGAGCACAGGCAGAAUUUCAGAAGGCGUCUGGCGAAGCGAAUCGUUCCCUGCGGGUUCUACGCGAACAAAUGAACGAGUUCGAAAGCCAAAAAAUGCGAGAUGUUAAACAGAUUUUAUCGGAGUUCGUGGUUGGUGAAAUGGAGCUCUUAGCCCGGUCUAUGGAGUUGUAUACCCGCGCUUAUCAAGGCUUGAUGAAUAUAAGUGAAGAUGAUGAUUUAGGAGAGUUUAACAAAUCCAUGACUUUCAAACCACCCCAAUGGGGGUCGGCUCCAACUUUGUCCAACGUUGGACGAUACAAUAAUGCAAAUGCUAUGGAUAACAUGCUGGAAGAGGUCGAAGAUGAAAGCGACGACUUAAAUCGUACAAUGUAAAUACAAGUUAUUAACAGAAAAAGCAUUAGGAAACAUUAUUUAUCUUAAAAUUAAUGCAUGU